AUGAAACAGUUGAGUAAAGAUCAGAAAGAUUUAGAUGAAGGUCUUAAAAUAUUUGAUUGGAGUAGACGUGUGUCGAAAUUCAUCGGACUAUGGCCUCUGGCACCAAAUAAUUUUAUAUUUUUUACAACAUUUUCUUAUUUUUCGGUCGUCAUGAUUCUCGAGUGGAUGGAUUUUUACUACUCGCUAAACGAUUUCGACAAAAUUCUCGACAAUCUCACGGAAAAUUUGUCAUUUUCUCAGAUUUACAUCCGAGGAAUAAUACUAAAGUUACAAGUUAACAAACUUCGUCAAAUAAUAAAAGUUUCUAUGGAUGGUUUCAAUGUUAACAAAUUCAAAAAUUCAUCAGAAAUAGAGAUAUUUUUGAGUUUCAUUAACAAAGGAAAAUUUUUUGUUAAAUCAAUUAUUUCAUUUAUGGCAAUGACAAUAAUUACUUGGUAUAUUAGCCCACUGACAGCUCCAGCUCCCAUUGCUGACGACAAUGAAACGAUAAUUUAUAUUUUGCCUUAUCGUUUCCACGUUGUCUUCGAAAUAAAUGACUUCAAAUCCUAUAUGCUGACUUACAUUUCAUACGCACCCCAUUCUCUCAUCGACUGUUGCAGUCAUGCAUCAAUAGAAUGUUUUUUGAUAACACUAAUUUACUAUCUGAGAGGAAGACUAGUUAUUUUAGCUGGCAGAAUUAAUGCGCUCAAUAAUAAACCAAAAGUGGAAAAAUAUGAAAUCAAUGAUAUCAUUGCCGAGCAUAGUAGAUUAUUGAAAUUUGGAGAAACAAUUAUAAGUAUAUAUAAUACGUCAUUGAUGGUAUAUAUGAUGAGUGUCACUGUACUUUUGUGCGUCAUUGGUUAUAAAAUACUUAUUAACUUUAUGACAGGACCUAAUGCAGAUUUAGUUCAAUAUUUGAUAUAUAUAUUUAUAACGUAUCUUAUAAUUGGUUUAUUUUGUAUUGUCAGUGAGCGUCUGAUUUCCGAGUGUAAUAAAGUGAGUGAAGCAUUUUGGAAUUGCGAGUGGUAUAAUAUGCCGCCAAAUACAAUUAAAGAUAUCAUGUUCUGCAUUCUGAGAUCGCAGAAACCACUCGCUCUUCAAAUUGGAAAAUUUUCAUACUUCAACAAUAACACGCUGACAAUCGUAACGAAAACAGCUAUGGGAUAUUUAUCUGUGCUCAGACAUUUCGUGAUAAUCGAGUAA